CGGCGAACGAUGCUUUCGCACGUCGACCUGCUAGACGCUCGGCUUGGGAUGAAAGAUGCCACGGCGGACCUCCUGGGACACAGAGAGGCACUGAAGUGCAGACUCGGAGUCGGUGGCGGGGUGUCUGAGACCGGACAUACCGGAGAACUUGGCCCGAGCCCGGAAACUCUAGAAGGCGCGACCCAUCUGCCCGGUGACGAGCUCGGCAACGUGGGAUCCAAUCAACCAAACGGCAAAGAGCAAGACAAGCAACAGCAACAACAAAACCAAAACUCGGCGCAAUCCGUUAGUCAACAAACACAGAAACAGAAACGCCACCGAACCCGCUUUACACCUGCGCAACUCAACGAGUUAGAGCGCAGCUUCGCCAAAACUCACUAUCCUGACAUCUUCAUGCGAGAGGAGCUCGCGCUGCGCAUCGGCCUGACGGAAUCGCGCGUGCAGGUUUGGUUCCAGAAUCGACGCGCCAAAUGGAAAAAGCGCAAGAAGACCACCAACGUGUUCCGCACCCCCGGCACAUUACUUCCUACUCAUCACGGUUUACCGCAGUUUCCUUCGGCAGCAAUUAACGACAGCCUCUGCUCGUUUCACGCAAACGACACGCGCUGGGCCGCCGCCGGGAUGCCGAGUGUCUCUCAACUCCAACUUCCGCCGGCGCUCGGCCGCCAGCCUGCAAUGGCGCAGUCACUUUCGCAGUGCAGCUUGGGAGGCGCAGGCCCGACGGGACCUGGAUCGAUGGGUCUUUCCAACAUGGCGUCCAAUGGCUCGGCCUUGCAGUCGCACCAUCUAUACCAGCCCACAUUUCCGGGGAUGGUGCCAGCGUCACUCGCGGGUCCGACAAGCGCGAGUGGAUCCACGCAACUCUGCAACUCGUCAUCGACAGAUAGUGACGUGUGGCGCGGCACAAGCAUCGCGUCACUGCGCCGUAAAGCGCUCGAGCACACAGUCUCUAUGAGUUUUUCCUAAUGGCACGCGUUGGUUUCGAAUAUCUUCUUUUGUCGGUUUGUCUUCUUUUAUACAAAAUUUCUCUUUCAAAGCCCUGUCAUUCAAAGGUUGACCUACUAAAAACUAAAGCAUAGGCACCCGGAUGUCUAUAUAUCUAUUAUCUAUCUGUGCUAAUAUAUUAACAAUCAGGCCUAUUAUUAAAGACAUUUACACCUGACGCUGCACAUAACACACAAUGUAGCGCUCAUAUUUGCAAUAUUUGACACGGUACGCUACCUGCAUUGUGAGUUUUUGUUUAUGAAAACAAAUCCUUGCAUAC